AUGGGGGAGACCACGGUCUCCCUCCAGGAGCUGGCGGACCUCGCCAUCGGCACCCCCGAGGUGGGUGCCGUCAACUUCACGGCUCUGCACACGCUUAUCGUGGCUAUGCUCAAGAACCUCGGCCUCCAGGCCACCCGGGUCAACUUCGUGUCCCUGUCACCCGAGCCGAGCCGCUCUCUGGACUACUACCCGCGGCUCUCGAUCAGCUCGCCGCACCUGCGCAAGUCAUCCACAGGGGCCUCGGCGCUGGAGAGCCAGAUGAGAGACCUGGACGACCAGGUACAGGACCUCAGUAGGCAAUUCAAGACCAUUAGCAGCCACAUGCGGGGCAUCGCCAGCCAUGUGCAGCACAUCGCCCAGGCCACCGGGAUGGACGCUGAAACCCGGGAGUGGCUGGAGGAGAAGAUCAUAGGCAUGGUGUCCCAGGAUUCGCAGGAUUCGCAGGCUAGGGUGGAAAAACCUGAAGUCAGCAGCCUGUUAAAACCUAGAAUCAGCAGUCCCCAGGCCAUGACGAUGCUUCAGAAUGUCAUACAAGAUGUGAAAGACCUGAAAGAAACCAACCCUAAGGAACUCCUGAGGAGGAUAGACAAUCUAGAGAACGUGGUCAGAGCACGAGAUGAAUUCCUGCAAGUAAUGGACCGGAAGAUGUCUUUGGUUCCUAACGAAGAAGUCACCAUGGUCACCUGGGAAGAGCUGGAGCAAGCGAUCACUGACGGCUGGAGGAAAACUUCACAAACAGUGAGCAGACUGGUGUGGGUAGUGGUCUCGGAGUUACUACCAACUCCACCUUCAAGUGGAUUUUCUACCAAGCAUCCAACUACUGACCAGGCUUUGUAUUAUCCUGGUGGUUUGGGCCCAGAUCAGACCUAUCCAGGAUUCAGUGGCCCAGGAUACUCCUCUGAGGGGCUUACUAGCAGAGAACAAGUCAAGGGCGCCACUGUUACUGGUAGAGAACAGUACCCCAGAGCCACUGAUGAAGCUGGCAUAUCAAGAUAUCAGCAGCCUUCUGUAUCCCAAUCUAGAGUAGACUUUGAUUAUCGUAAGAAAGGAGAGAAGUUCACCUCACAACUUUUAGGAAGAGAAGUACGAGAUGCAGGCCCUGGCCUAGAUCUACAAGAUUUAACCUUCACCACAGAUCAGCAUCAUGUAUACCCAGAUCAGUACAACAGGUUUCCCAUUGGCCAGAGUCAACCCUAUCUAAGUCCAUAUAAUUAUGGACCAGGACCAAUUAGCAUGGAUCAGCCUAUAUCACUACAUCCUAGCAUAUAUCCACCUGGUGUGGUACCCCUCAACAUGGGUCAACUUGGUCUGAUACCACCCACAAUGCAUGAUCAGGGCUUGGUUCUACCUGUCACAGGUCAGCAUGGUGUGGUACCACCACUGGGACCUGACAGAGAUCAGCAAGGGCUGGAAUUACCUAGAAGCACAUAUCAGCAUGGUAUGAGGCUUCCAGGAACAGACCAGCGUGGUAUAGAACAGCCUGGUAUGGAUGAGGGUCAACCUGGUGCGGUAACUCCUGGUGCAGGUCAGCCUGGUUUGGUGCCUCCUGGUGUAGGUCAACCUGGGAUGGUAACUCCUGGUGUAGGUCAACCUGGUUUGGUAGCUCCUGGUGUAGGUCAGCCUGGGAUGGUAACUAUUGGUGCAGGUCAGCCUGGUUUGGUACCACCUGGUGUAGAUCAGCCUGGCAUGGUAACUCCUGGUGCAGAUCAGCCUGGUUUGGUACCUCCUGGGGUAGGUCAACCUGGCAUGGUAACUUCUGGUGCAGGUCAACCUGGUUUGGUGCCUCCUGGUGUAGGUCAACCUGGCAUGGUAACUCCUGGUGCAGGUCAACCUGGCUUGAUACCUCCUGGUGUAGGUCAAGCUGGCAUGGUAACUCCUGGUGCAGAUCAGCCUGGUUUGGUAGCUCCUGGUGUAGGUCAACCUAGCAUGGUAACUCCUGGUGCAGAUCAGGCUGGUUUGGUAGCUCCUGGUGUAGGUCAACCUGGCAUGGUAACUCCUGGUGCAGGUCUGCCUGGUUUGGUGCCUCCUGGUGUAGGUCAGCCUGGCAUGGUAACUCCUGGUGCAGGUCAGCCUGGUUUGGUGCCUCCUGGUGUAGGUCAGCCUGGCAUGGUAACUCCUGGUGCAGGUCAGCCUAGCAUGGUAACUCCUGGUGCAGGUCAACCUGGCAUGGUAACUCCUGGUGCAGGUCAACCUGGCGUGGUGACUCCUGGUGCAGGUAAGCCUGGUUUGGUGCCUCCUGGUGUAGGUCACCCUGGCGUGGUGACUCCUCGUGCAGGUCCACCUGGUUUGGUGCCUCCUGGUGUAGGUCACCCUGGCGUGGUAACUCCUCGUGCAGGUCAGCCUGGUUUGGUAGCUCCUGGUGUACGUCAGCCUGGCAUGGUAGCUCCUGGUACAGGUCACCUUGGCUUGGUCAAACCUGGUGUAGAUCAACGUGGUUUAGUGCAGCCUGGCACAGGCCAACGUGGUUUGGCCCAGCCUGGUGUAGAUCAACGUGGUUUGGUUCAACCUGAAACGGAUCAGCAUGGUUUGGUGCAACCUGGUCCAGAUCAGUAUGGUGUGGUCCAAUCUGGAAUGGAUCAGCAGGAUCUGGUGCAACCUGAAAUGGAUCAACAUGGUUUGGAGCAACCUAGUGCAGGUCUUCAUGGUCUGGUCCCACCUGGAAUGGAUGAGACUGGUUUGGUGCAACCUGGAAUGGAUCAGAGUGGUUUGGUGCAGCCUGGGGUAGAUUCAUAUACUGUGGUCCAACCUGUUCUCCAUGGCUUGGUUCAACCUGGUGCAUACCCCCCUGGCUUGGUUCAACCUGGCGUGUACCCUCCUGGCUUGGUUCAACCUGGUACAUACCCUCCUGGCUUGGUUCGACCUGCUGCAUACCCUCCUGGCUUGGUUCAACCUGGUGCAUACCCUCCUGGCUUGGUGCAACCUGGUACAUACCCUCCUGGCUUGGUUCAACCUGGAAUGGAUCCACGUGGUUUGAGACAGCCUGGUGCAGAUCAGCAAGGUUUGAUAGCACCAGGUACUAAGCUUCAUGGCUUUCCAGCAUCCCAAGUAGAUCCUCAGAGUGCUCUAUCAUCACGCCCAUACCAACAUGGUAUGGCACCUCCUGGCAAACAGCAACAAGACCAGGUGUCACCACUGCUAACCAGUGAAGGUUUAGCAUCACCAGGUAGAGACCAAAGGGGUUUGGUACCAUCAGAAACUUAUCAGCAAGACCUGUUGCAUCCUGGCACAGACCAGAAGAGCCCAACACUAUCAAGCUCAGGUUUGAGAUCUAUACGCGCAGAUCAACAGCAUUUGGUAUCACCUGGCCCAGGUAUGCCUGGCCAGGUAUUUUCAGGUUUGGAUCAGCGUAGCCAAUUAUUCCCUGUCUCAGACCAACGUGGUUCAUUGGAUCUUGGCCUUGGUUGGCCAUGGUUCCCAGUUGCUGAUCAGCCUGGCAUGGUAGGUUUGGAUCCAGACAGAAUACGUGCCUCACGCCCACCUGGAAUUCCUGCCCAGCCUGCCCCAGGGCAAGAUGUCACACUUUCCAGGCAUUUAGGCUCCCUCCACCAAGUCUUCCCAGAAAGGAGUGAGGCCCAGAGUGAUGUCCAGGCCGAGCGACGCGAUUCCCUAGAGAAAGUUUCCAGACUGGAAACAUUUCGUCUGAUGGGAGAGCUUAUCGGCCUCUACUUGGAGCUGAAGGAGCAUCUGAAGGACGUGGAGGAGGAGGAGGCCAGCCAGACUGACCUACAGAAGAUGCAGAACUUGCUGGCACGGAUGAUCAAAAAGGCCAUACCUCCUGACCUGCAGGAAGAGCUGAAGACAUUAAAGAGUUUGGCCAAAGAAAUUCGGCAGGAAAAAGCAAAACUGGACAAGUUGCAGAGGAUGGUGGAGGGCUAUGGGGACCAAGAAGGAGGAAAGGAGUUGAAAGGUGGCCAGCUGAGCUUACAGCUGGGCAUCCUCAGAGUCACUGUGGCUGACAUCGAGAAGGAGCUGGCCGAGCUGAGGGACAGCCAAGAGCGGGGCAAGGCUGCCAUGGAAAAUUCGGUUUCCGAAGCCUCCCUUUACCUGCAGGAUCAGUUAGACAAACUCAGGACGAUCAUUGAGAGCAUGCUGGCCUCCUCCUCCACACUGCUGUCCAUGAGCAUGACCCCGAGCAAGGCUCAUAAGCACUUGAGUCCUGGCCAGAUUGACCCCGAGGCCACCUGUCCAGCCUGCAGCCUGGAUGUGAGCCACCAGGUCAGCACGCUGGUGCGGCGCUAUGAGCAGCUCCAAGACAUGGUCAACAACCUGGCUGCCUCACGGCCCUCCAAGAAAGCCAGGCUCCAGAGCCAGGAUGAGGAGCUGCUGGGCCAUGUGCAGAACGCCAUCCUGCAGGUGCAGGGCGACUGUGAGAAGCUCAACAUCACCACCGGCAACCUCAUCGAGGACCAUCGUCGGAAGCAGAAGGACAUUGACGUGCUGUACCAAGGCCUGGAGAAGCUCGAAAAGGAAAAGGCCAACAGGGAGCACCUAGAGAUGGAGAUUGAUGUGAAAGCUGACAAGAGCGCAUUGGCCGCCAAAGUGAGCCGUGUCCAGUUUGAUGCCACCACGGAACAGCUGAACCACAUGAUGCGGGAACUGGUGACCAAGAUGAGCGGGCAAGAACAGGACUGGCAGAAGAUGCUGGACAAGCUUGUGGUGGAGAUGGACUCCAAGCUGGACCGCUUGGAGCUGGACCCCCUAAAGCAGAUGCUGGAGGAUCGGUGGAAAUCACUGAAGCAACAGCUUAAGGAGCGUUCUCCUCUCUAUACAGCUGAUGAGGCAGCCGCCAUGCGGAGGCAGCUCCUGGCACAUUUCCAUUGCCUCUCAUGUGACCGCCCCUUGGAGACGGCUGUAACUGGACAAAUCAUCCCCGUGACAGCUGUGGGUCCAAGCCUACCAGGGCACCGUUCCUCCCGCCCCUACACAGUGUUUGAGCUGGAGCAGGUCCGGCAGCAGAGCCGCAGCCUCAAGCUGGGCAGUGCCUUCCCUCGGGGCGACCUGGCACAGAUGGAGCGGAGCGUGGGGCGCCUGCGCUCCAUGCACUCCAAGAUGCUGAUGGACAUCGAGAAAGUGCAGAUCCAUUUCGGAGGCUCCGUCAGGGCCAGCAGCCAGAUGAUCCGCGAGCUGCUGCAGGCCCAUUGCCUCAACUCCCCUUGCUACAAACGGGUGUCAGAUUCAGCUGACUACACCUACUCGACAGUGCCCCGGCGCUGCGGGGGCAGCCACACCCUCACCUACCCAUAUCGUCGCAACCGCCUGCAGCACCUGUCCCAGGGGCCCACGGAGGAGGUUCAGAUUGCCAUGAAGCAUGAUGAGGUGGACAUCCUGGGCCUUGAUGGACAUAUUUACAAGGGACGGAUGGAUACAAAGUUGCCAGGCAUCCUGAACAAAGACGCCACAGGGAACUCAAAGCACAAGCCCAAGCAGUCCCGGCCACACAGGCAGCAGUCCCUCAACGACAGCACCCAGCUGCCCUCUCGGCCUCAGAGUGCUCAGAUGUUGGCUGACAACAGCUCAGCCCCUAAACCUGGCAGCAAGGAUGCCCCACUCUGCUGCGUGCCCCCCUAG